AUGGAGCAGUUUCGCACCGAGGAGAUGCAGACGGCCGUGUCCUGCUACCUCAAACGCCGGCAGUACCGGGGCGGGGACGGCCCACCAAAGCAAGGCCUGCGACUGUCACAGAGCGUCCAGGAUAUGGCUACCAGCCUCGCAGUCCAGUCAGAAUCUGGUUGUGCCAACACAGUGUCUGCAGCCCCUUGCCAGGCAGACCCCCAGCAAUAUGAAGUACAGUUCGGACGGCUGCGGGAUUUUCUCAUGGACUCUGCCUCCCAGCAUAGCGACGAACUGAUGCCUCUCCUCUACCCUCUCUUUGUCUACCUCCAUCUCGACCUGGUCCAGAACAGUUCAAAGAGCACAGUGGAAAGCUUUUACAGCCGCUUCCAUGGAAUGUUUCUCCAGAAUGCCAGCCAGAAGGACGUCAUUGAGCAGCUCCAGACCACCCAGACCAUCCAAGACAUCCUGUCUAACUUCCGGCUGCGGGCCUUCCUGGACAACAAGUACGUGGUUCGUCUGCCGGAAGACGGCUACAACUACCUUCUCUGCUACCUCCAGAGUGACAACAACACCGCGCUGUGCAGAGUCCUCACCUGGCACAUCCACCUGGACGUGCAGCCCGCCGAGAGGAUGGACUACCAGCUCUAUGCCAGCGGUGGCUCCUCCACCGGCCAGGGCAGUGGCCUGGAGCCCACCGACCUGCCCAUGUACAUCCUGCAGAAAGAGGAGGAUCUGGACAUCCUUCAGGAGACCAUCAAGUGCGUCCAGGAUGGCCCCCCCUCCCUCACCACCAUCUAUACCUACACCUUCUACAACACUGAGCAGCUGCUGAACACGGCGGAGGCCUCCCCUGACAACAAGCUGCUUGCUGCGGGCUUUAACAACUCCCGUAUAAAACUGUGGAGUCUGACUUCCAAGUUUAAAUCCAAGCCCCAUCAAGUAGACGUGUCCCACCUCCACUCGACUUAUGAUACACUCGAGGUCGACGAGGAGGACAGGACAGCCAAGGAGAUGAAGGUUCUGUGGGGACACUGCGGGCCGGUGUACAGCACCAGGUUCCUCCCGGACAGCUCGGCGCUGCUCUCCUGCUCUGAAGACACGUCCAUCAGGUACUGGGACCUGGAGAGCUUCACUAACACUGUGCUGUACCAGGGCCACGCCUACCCCGUGUGGGACCUGGACAUCAGCCCGCACAGCCUGUUCUUUGCCAGCGCGUCCUACGACCGCACGGCGCGGCUGUGGUCGUUUGAUCGGACUUACCCACUGCGAAUCUACGCCGGGCACCUGGCGGAUGUGGACUGUGUCAAGUUCCACCCCAAUUCAAACUAUUUAGCCACGGGCUCGACAGACAAGACGGUGCGGCUGUGGAGUGCCCAGCAGGGGAACUCGCUUAGACUCUUCACAGGCCACUGUGGCCCCGUGCGCUGUCUGGCCUUUUCCCCCAACGGUCAGUACCUGGUGUCGGCGGGUGAGGACCAGCUGCUGAAGCUGUGGGACCUGGCAUCUGGGACCCUCUACAAAGAGCUACAGGGCCACACGGAUGACAUCACCAGCGUCACCUUCAGCCUGGACAGCAGCCUGAUUGCAUCAGCAUCCAUGGAUAACUCCGUGCGUAUCUGGGACAUCAAGAGCAAGCACAACAGCACGCCCGCCGAUGGCUCGUCCAGUGAGCUCCUGGGCGUCUACACCAGCCAGAUGAGCAGUGUGCUGAAUGUGCAGUUCAUGGCCGGCAACCGCCUGCUGGUGACCGGAGUCCGAGAAGAAAAUCAGGAACACUGA